AUGUUCUCCAACGCCCUAAAGUCCUUUACCUCGAACAUCUCGAGCAACUACUCCCUCAGCCCCCAGCCCACGUCCUACUCGGGCCCAUGGAAGAUAUACGAUGCCAAGAAGAAGUCGACGGGCAAGGCCGCCUCCGUCUUCAUCUUCGAAAAGAAGUCGCUGGAGCCCUCGGCGGCCGCCGGCUUCGGCGGCCGCUCUGCAGCCUCGGGGCUCAAGCGCGCACACGAAGAAGUAGUCGAGCGCCUCAAGAAGGAGGCCAGUUCGCUUGCCAGACUGCGGCACCCAAGCGUCCUGGAGCUAGUCGAGCCCGUCGAAGAGACGCGCGGCGGCGGCCUCAUGUUCGCAACAGAACCAGUCACAGCCUCCCUUGCUGGCUUGCUGCAGGACAAGGACGAGCAAGAGAAGGCUGGUGGUGUCGGGGGACGUCGCAGUCGCUAUGUCAUUGAAGAAGCCGACGGGCAGAAGCGCAGGCGCGAACUCGAGAUUGACGAGCUCGAAAUACAAAAGGGAUUGUUGCAAAUUGCAAAGGGCCUGGAAUUCUUGCACGAGAGCGCAGGCUUGGUCCAUGCCAACCUGACGCCAGACGCCAUCUUCAUCAAUGCCAAAUCUGAUUGGAAAAUAUCAGGUUUGGGCUUCUCCACGCCCCCAGACAACUCUACCAAGCCCACAUCCGUAACGCCCAUUUCUCUCUCUGAAGCCCUCAACUACGAUGCCCGACUCCCUCGACACGUCCAGCUCAACAUCGACUACACCUCGCCCGACUUCGUCAUGGACACCAACAUCACACCCGCGGCAGACAUGUUUAGUCUGGGUAUGCUCAUCAUCGCAUUAUACAACUCGCCGCACAGGAGUCCACUCGAGUUCAAUGGAAGCACCUCGUCAUAUAAGCGGGCUUUCUCCUCAGCCUCUUCGGUUCCAAGCAAAGCCAACAACUUCAUGUCUUCGCAGCCACUGCCACGGGAUAUUACCAAUGGCGUCCUGGAUCGCUUAAUCACUCGACGGCCUGCGCAGCGUCUCGACGCCCGAGAGUUUCAGCAGGCACAAUACUUUGACAACAUCCUCGUGUCCACCAUCCGGUUCCUUGACUCGCUUCCGGCAAAGACACCUAAUGAGAAGUCACAGUUCAUGAGAGGCCUACCCCGCAUUCUGAAUCAGUUCCCCAAGUCUGUAAUAGACAAGAAGAUACUACCGGCUUUGCUUGAGGAAAUGAAGGACCGCGAGCUUCUCACGCUGAUACUUCAAAAUGUCUUCAAGAUCGUCACCAUGCUUCCGUCCGGCAAACGAGCCUUUACCGAGAGGGUGAUUCCCAAGUUGCGAGAGACAUUUCUAACACCUGCGGCUGCGAGCGCGAAACCACCGGGCCAGGAAAGAGACAGUUUGAAAGAAGCCGGACUAAUGGUGGUACUUGAAAACAUACAGGUGGCUGCCGAUAACUGCAGUGGCAAGGAGUUCAAGGAAGAUAUCCUUCCUAUCAUCAACUAUGCUCUCGAAUCUCCUACACAUUCACUAGUCGAUGCUGCCCUGAGGACCUUGCCUGUCGCUCUGCCGAUUCUCGACUUCUCCACCGUCAAGAACGAACUGUUCCCAGUCAUUGCUAGCAUCUUUGCAAAAACAAGUAGUAUGGGCAUCAAGAUCCGCGGUCUAGAGGCAUUCAAGACUCUGUGUGGUGGCGGAAACGAACAACAAGACGACUACCAAGACGAUGGUUUGAAUGGGGUGGUAGCAGCGCCCAAGGCCAAAAGCUCAAACGUAUCAAUUCUCGACAAGUACACCAUUCAAGAAAAGGUGGUCCCGCUGCUUCGUGCUAUCAAGACAAAGGAGCCUGCAGUCAUGAUGGCUGCGCUCGAUGUGUUCAAAGCCAUUAGCAACCAAGUCGACAGCGACUUUCUAGCCAUGGAUGUCCUACCCAUUCUGUGGCAAUUCAGUUUGGGGCCGCUACUCAAUCUUCCCCAAUUCCAAGCGUACAUGAGCCUCAUCAAGACGACUUCAGCACGUGUGGAGAAUGAGCAAACCCGUAAACUCCAGGAGCUGGGUGCAAACGGCUCCACUGCAACAACACGCAACGAAUUUAUGACCUUUGGAGGCCCGCCUGCCGCCAAUGGCUUUGACUCUGGCAAUGAGAACGGCGAAGCAGACUUUGAAGCACUUGUACGUGGCGGAAAGCAAGGAUCCUCAGGUGGAACGGAUAUGCUUGGGGGAGACUCAUGGGCAAACGGCGCAUCAUCUGCACCACGGUUCAACGAACAAAACCCAGUUAUAUCAUGA